AGGAUCUGCACUUGUGAUUGCAUUGACAUCCGGAGAACAUGGAGACUGGGAAAUAUCUCCUGAUCAGCGUUUUGCUGAUGCCCAUGGCGAUCGGACAGCCGCUGUCUUGGUGCGACCCGCAGCUCUGUCCGGAGGGAAAGGUGCAUAUUGCGUGCAACAACAACGGAAAGUUCCAUGAGACCUGCUCGGAGGAUGCCACCAUGGUGAAUCUGAAGCCGCACCGGUCGUUCAUCCUGAAUGAGCACAACAAGCGGCGCAACUUCAUCGCCUCGGGCUCGCUGCCGGGCUACUUUCCGGCUACGCGGAUGGCCACCAUGGUGUGGGACGAGGAGCUGGAGUAUCUGGCGACGCUCAACCUGAAGACCUGCAACCUGGAGCACGACGACUGCAACCACUCGUUCCGAUUCCGGAAUCUGGGUCAGAAUCUGUGCGGCGUGGAUCGCUACCGUAGUGCCCCAAUGAACGUGACCAAUCUGGUGGAGCAGUCGCUGGGUCUGUGGUUCGGCGAGCACCAUGUCAUCGACAGUAGCUUCAUCACCGACUUCCGGGUGACCAGCAAACUGGAAAAGUACGGUCACUUUGUGGAAACGGUGGUGGACAGGAACACCCAUGUCGGCUGCGCCAUGAUGCGCUUCACCAACCCGAAGUACCCGUUCCUUUACAUCUACAACACAGCAUGCAACUAUGCCAGCGUCUAUGCCAUCGGCGUCCCCGUCUACAAUGCGGGCUUACCCGCCUCCGAGUGCCUCACGGGCAACAAUCCGCAGUAUCCAGCCCUCUGCUCCGUGAAGGAGAAAUACAACCCAAACUACAAUAUAUACAAGGACUGAACCAAACUCUUCAUCGUUUUCGUUCCCAUUGAUCCCGAGACAAUCAUCUGUUUCUAAUUUAUACGUCAAGUGCUGUUUAUUUCGGUCCGGCUGCUAAAUUCGGCUGGGUGUUAACUUCCAGUUCCAAUCAGACAGACAGGCAGGCGGGCGACCAGAUCGUAAUUUAUAAAUCUUAACGGAAACAGUCCGAUGCGGUUCUCGCACAGUGGAUCUGUUCGAUUGAUCCGUGAAAUCACGAGAAAUCUGGGAAAUAUCUGUAGAACCUUCCGUAGAGAUAUACGAGUUACACUGUUUGCUCGGACUGUACUUUUUAUGCAAACUAAAGUAUAACAUAAAUGUAAUAGAUUUUCUUGCAAA